AUGUCGGGUUCGAUGCCCUACCCAGAUCAUCCAGGUGAACCCGAUUGUAUAUUUUAUUUAAGAACCGGCUCGUGUGACAAUGCAAACAUUCUUAGGUUUAAUCAUCCAACCUACAUUGGACAGGCCAAUCAACUUCAACUUGGAGGCGAGCCUCCAGAAAGCGUUGGAGAACCAGACUGUGUGGGAAGUUUGACCUCCGUAAGUUCGGGCAGCAUCUAUGGUGGCCCGGGCAGCAUCUAUGGUGGCCUAGGCAACAUUGAAUAG